AUGGCGGAGGCAAACACUCCACAUAUAGCAAUCAUACCGAGUCCCGGUGUGGGUCACAUCAUCCCACUCGGCGAGUUUGCAAAACGACUCGUCGACCACCACUCUUUCACCGUCACAUUCAUCAUCGCCGACGAAUCUUCGCCGUCUACUGCCCAAAGAUCCGUCCUCAACUCUCUCCCUUCCUCCAUAUCCUACGUUUUCCUCCCUCCCGUCGAUCUUUCCGACCUUCCCUCCACGGUCGGAAUCGAAACUCGGAUCUCACUCACCGUGACUCGUUCAGUCCCGCCGCUCCGGGAGCUUUUCCGGUCUUUAUCGACGGAGAAACGUCUCCCGGCGGUUCUCCUCGUCGACCUAUUUGGUACGGAUGCGUUCGACGUGGCAGUUGAGUUCCACGUGUCACCAUACGUAUACUACACAUCAAAUGCAAACGUUUUGUCGCUUUUGCUUCACUUGCCUGAACUAGACGAGACGGUGUCGUGUGAGUAUAGGGACUUAACCGAAUCGGUUAAACUCCCCGGUUGUGUCCCGAUAACCGGUAAGGAUUUUGCUGAUCCGUUUCAAGACCGAAACGACGACGCAUACAAAUGGCUUCUCCACCAUGCCAAGAGGUUCAAAGAAGCUAAAGGGAUUCUACUGAAUUCCUUUAUCGAUUUAGAGCCAAACGCUAUAAUGGCUUUACAAGAACCGGCUCUUGAUAAACCACCGGUUUACCCGAUUGGACCGUUGGUUAACACGGGUUCAUCUCAUGCGAAUCAGACCGAUGAAUCGGAAUGUCUAAAUUGGCUAGACCGCCAACCUCACGGCUCGGUUCUCUACGUUUCAUUUGGAAGCGGAGGAACACUCACAUGUGAGCAGUUUAACGAGCUAGCUUCCGGUCUAGCGGAGAGCGGAAAGCGGUUUAUUUGGGUCAUACGUAGUCCGAGCGGGGUCCCUAAUUCGUCAUACUUCAAUCCACAUAGUCCAACCGACCCAUUAACGUUUUUGCCACCAGGUUUCUUAGACCGGACCAAAGAAAAAGGUUUAGUGGUUCCGUCAUGGGCUCCACAAGCUCAAAUCCUGGCCCAUCCAUCCACGGGUGGGUUUUUAACGCAUUGUGGAUGGAAUUCGACUCUAGAAAGCAUUGUGAACGGUGUACCCCUCAUAGCAUGGCCUUUAUACGCGGAGCAAAAGAUGAACGCAUUGUUACUCGUGGAGGGUGUUAGGGCGGCUAUAAGAGCGCAAACCGAUGAAGAAGGGAUCGUACGAAAGGAAGAAGUGGUUAGAGUGGUGAAGGGAUUGAUGGAAGGAGAAGAAGGGAAAGCGAUAAGGAACAAAAUGAAAGAGUUGAAAGAAGCAGUUGUUAGAGUCUUGGGAGUAGAUGGGUUCUCUACAAAGUCACUCACUCAAGUUUCCUUAAAGUGGAAAGCCCACCAACGAGAGAUCCAACAAGACACGACCCAUUAUCAAUAG